AUGAGGUUAUGUGUUGACUACAGACAAUUGAAUAAAGUUACUAUCAAAAAUAAGUAUCCUCUUAUGAGAAUUGAUGAUCUGAUAGAUCAAUUGGUGGGUGCUUGUAUGUUCGGCAAGAUAGAUUUGAGAUCAGGUUAUCAUCAGAUUCGUGUGAAACCAGACGACAUUCCGAAGACUGCAUUUAGGACAAGGUAUGGUCAUUAUGAGUAUACAUCAGAGGAAGAACAUGCGGAUCAUCUAAACAUUGUAUUGCAGGUGUUGAGGGACAAGAAGCUUUAUGCCAAGUUGUCCAGGUGUGAAUUCUGGUUAAAAGAAGUGAGUUUCCUUGGCCAUGUGAUUUCUAGUGGAGGAAUUGUUGUUGAUCCGUCGAAAGUUGAUGUUGUGUUGCAGUGGGAGACUCCGAAGUCUGCUACUGAGAUUCGAAGUUUCCUUGGCUUGGCUGGUUAUUACCAUAGGUUUAUAAAAGGCUUUUCAAAGAUAGCAAUGCCUUUGACUCAAUUGACUCGAAAAGGUCAAGCUUAUGUGUGGGAUGUUGCAUGUGAAAAGAGUUUUGUAGAACUCAAGAAGAAAUUGACGAGUGCUCCAGUUUUGAUCUUUCCUAAUCCGAAGGAGUCUUUUGUAGUAUAUUGUGAUGCGUCAAAGAUGGGUCUUGGUGGUGUACUGAUGCAAAAUGGCCAGGUCGUUACUUAUGCUUCCAAACAACUGAAGGUUCAUGAAAGAAUUAUCCUACACAUGACUUAG